AUGCAAGACACUCCCUCAGGCUCAUAUGUUUCUCAAUUGCUCAAGAGCACUCAAGCCGAACGCCUCCCUCCUCCCUUAGUCGCCGAUCUCAACGGUGACGGAAAAAAAGAAGUUCUCGUAGCUACUCACGAUGCCAAAAUUCAGAUUUUGGAGCCACAUAGUAGGCGUGUUGAUGAAGGAUUCAGUGAGGCGCGCGUGUUGGCCGAGGUGUCUUUGUUGCCCGAUAAAGUGCGUGUUAUGUCUGGGAGACGGCCGGUUGUUAUGGCUACUGGCUAUAUUGAUCGUCAUAAAAUUGGGCAACCACAUAAACAGGUUUUGGUUGUGGUAACGUCGGGUUGGUUUGUAAUGUGUUUUGAUUCCAACCUGCAGAAGUUGUGGGAAAAUAAUUUGCAGGAGGAUUUUCCCCAUAAUGCUCAUCAUAGAGAGGUUUCGAUCUCUGUAAGCAAUUAUACUCUGAAGCAUGGAGAUACAGGAUUGAUCAUCGUUGGUGGGAGGAUGGAAAUGCAGCCACAUAUUUUUAUGGAUCCUUUUGAAGAAAUGGGAAUGGGAGCCAGAUUUGCUGAGCAGCAUCGAAGAAGUGCUAGUGAAAAGGAGGCUUCUGAGAACACUGGAACUGUGGAUUUGCGCCAUUUUGCAUUUUAUGCAUUUGCUGGUCGAUCUGGUGUAGAACGAUGGAGCAGAAAAAAUGAGAACAUCGAAGCAGCUUCUUCAGAUGCAUCACAGUUAAUUCCACAACAUAACUAUAAACUUGAUGUUCAUGCUUUGAAUAGACGUCAACCUGGAGAGUUUGAAUGCAGGGAAUUCCGAGAAUCAAUCCUGGGAGUUAUGCCACAUCACUGGGAUAGGAGAGAAGAUACUUUAUUGAAGCUGGCCCACUUCAGGCGCCAUAAGAGGAAAACAUUGAAAAGAACACCUGGAAAGUCUAUUAAUUACCCUUUCGACAAGCCUGAGGAAAACCAUCCACCAGGGAAGGACUCAACCAAAAAAAUUUCAAACAUAAUCGGGAAAGCAGCAAAUCUUGCUGGUUCGGCGAAAUCCAAGAAGGUAAUUGGAAACCAUGUCAUGAAACUGCUAGCAAUUCAUUCAAUUGUUGACAUAGUUAUAGCUAGUCUUACAACUGGACAGCUCAAAAUUUAUUUUUCAAACAUGAUUUCAGCUAGAGGCUUUCGUUGUUUUUAUCCCGUAACAAAGCUUCCUGUUCACUUUCUAACUACUGCAUGUCCAAGUUUUUGUCACGGGAUCUAA